CAAAUAAUUCUUCCUCUUGCCUCUUGCGAGUGAAGAUGUCAGAAGAAGAGGACCCGUUGGAGUCCCUUCCCGACUCGCAGAGCCCAGUUCCAGGGCCCUCGUCGGGAAUCUCGGGGUCCGAGAUGAAUUACGAGAAGCGCAGGUUGGAAACGUUCCAGUCGUGGCCCGCAAACGCGGCCGUCGAGCCCCGAAAAAUCGCCAAGGCUGGCUUUUUCUACACGGGUAACGAAUUGGAAGUCCGUUGUUUCAGCUGCAAUCGGACUCUUUCCGAAUGGGAUUACGAUGAUCAGGUGAUGGUGAAGCACAGAGCUUUGAGUCCAGAGUGCCCUUUUGUGGUCAGCCCUCUCGAAUGCGGAAACGUGCCAAUUUUGCGGCGAGAAUCAUCAGGCUUUGCGCAAGCUCAGGUUGAUUACAGAAUUGAAUCGGAGCGUCUUGCUUCAUACAGAGGCUGGUCGUCACCACACGUGACUCCAGAGGCGCUCGCCAGAAAUGGACUCUACUAUCUUCGGGAGGGAGACAAAGUGGCCUGUGCGUUUUGCUCAGUGCAAAUGUUCAAUUGGAAAGCUGGAGACAAUCCUCUCAUAGAACACAGAAACUUCAGCCCAAAUUGUCCUCUUCUGAUGGGUUACCUUGUUGGAAAUGUUUCGCUUGAUCACACUGGGAGUGGUACUUUGAUUGAUCACGGAGAGGAGGAUGAUAAUUACGAAAUUGUCUCAACUUCUUCAUCAGACGAAGGAUCUGACGAGUACGGCAUAAGAGAAAAUUCAAGACCUAUUGUCAUUCAGCCAUUUUCAGGCCCUGAUGACCUGACAGGGGCAAACCCUGACAACGUUGAGCUUGCAAACAAUCCUAGGUAUGGAGCAGUGGCUCAUCGACCUCCCAUUCAUCCUAGGUAUCAGACUGUCCAAUCUAGGUUGGCUACAUUUUCUGACUGGCGCAGACAAACACCAUCCGCAGAAUCUUUGGCAGCAGCUGGUUUCUUCUACCAAGGAAUGAACGACCAUUGCAGUUGCUUUCAUUGCAACGGUGGUCUGCACAACUGGGAUCCGAAUGACGACCCGUGGGUUGAGCACGCUCGGUGGUUUUCCAAGUGUCCCUACGUCAACAUUGUUAAAGGCCAGGACUACAUCAAGGAUGUGGUCAAGAACAAGCCUCCCAUCAUUCCUGUGGUUGACCUGCACCUGAACGACGAGGGAGAAGUCAAUGGCGAAGCAAACAACGAAAACGAAGCAGAAAACCCUGCGCAAAAUGGCCAAGCGCAGUGUGAGGAAGCAGAAGAGGCGGCAGCUAUUGCUGCAGAAACUCUCCCACCAACAGACGAGACUGAAUCAAAAAAAUUGGAGGAUGAAAAAACUAGAAGUGAAGGGCCAGACAAAGAGGACACUUCAAAUAAUCCGAAAGAAGUGGCUGGGCCAAAAGAAAAAGAAUCUGAAGGCCCUUCGGCAAGUGAGGCUCAUCUCUGCAAAGUUUGUCUGGACGAAGAUGUGGGGGUAGUUUUCCUGCCCUGUGGUCAUUUGGUCUCCUGCGUCCAAUGUGCGCCAAACCUCAGCCUGUGCCCUGUCUGCCGGAAAGAAAUUCAAGCCUCUGUUAGAACAUACUUCUCAUAAGCGCCCUAAUUUUUCAAAGUACUUAAAUUUAGUUAACUCCCCAAAGAUUUACGACUGAGCAUUUUAAGUCUUAAUCAAAUGCGCUGUUCCAAAUUCCUAUAUUUAACCUGUAAUAUUUACAGUUCUUGAUUAAUGUCAAUUAUGAUGUAUCAUUCCAAGCUUCUCUUACUCACUAUCUGCUGCUUUAGUAGGAGCAUUUAUUUUAAUUCGACGAUGUGAAUGCUCAAAGAAUACCUCAUUUUGAUCCAUUCAAAGGAUAAUUAUUCAAUAAUUAACCUGGCAAAUAGUCUUUCUUAUUUAAAUUAUGAUAUUAAAACUCAAGUUCAAAUUUAUUGAUAUCCAUAGUGGUGAUAUUCGAGAAUUCAUUUUGUCAAUUUUAAUCAGAAUGCAAACAAAUGCAAAGAUAUAGUUCAAUGUUCUUAUCAUAAAUGCAUGAUAAAUUACUCUCAUUUUAAGCGGUCCUGUUGCACACAGAUUAAUGGAUUUGUCUAGUCACUGAUCUCUUGUGCAGAGUUGGUUACAUGUUAAGUAAACAGCCUUAAUUAAAAAUAUUCUUUUGCACUAAUUGUGUAAUUUAAUUGCCAUAACGCUUGUACAUAUUAUAGAAAAGUACCAUAAUUAAUUUUUAUUUUACAACUCCAAUGUGUAGUUAAAAGGUGAAUAAAAAAUAUUUUUCUUCUGCAAAAUAAAA